AUGGCUUCCCGUGCUGUCCGAUCAGGCUCCGUACAUCAGUCCUCGACCGUCCGAUCGUCCACGUCAUCCUCUCGUCUGAACCACAGAAAGCGAAGCCUUACACGAGGUUCUAGCAACCCGGCGUCUUUAGAGGCGUCCUCUUCUGGUGUGCCGGCAAACUCAUCCACGGCAAACGCUGUGCCAGCCGGAACCUCCGCAGAUGCAGCCGCGUCGGAUCCGAACGAUAUCCCGAAUGUCGGUCCAGAAUCUGCAGCUGCGAAAGCUUCGAAGAUUCCAUACCUCACCGACUCUUCAGAUUCAUGUGACAAUGCCUUGGAUUCCGAGGGGACUUGGCAUAGCGAUUCCGCGACAGCAGAUGGGGAAGGCGCAGGGGGGAGCCGCUUGGACAGUGGGGAGAGGGAGGGUGAAGGUAGGCAGAGCCUCGGAUACAGAAGCUUCCUUCCUGUGCUUCCCAGCUCGCUUGGGCCCGCUCCUGCCGUUUUGAACCAUGACCAAGGUAGUGCCUAUUCCAGCCAAGGUGCUCUCACCACCGGAAUCGACGCCUUUACUGCGAAUUCUUAUUCGAAUGGUGGUGAAGCCGCACCAGAUGCCAUGGAGGAUUUCGAAGAAGGCAGCAGCGACAACCAGGCUGUUCAAGUACCUGGUUUGCCACGAGGUCUGCCAAUGCCCCCUCCUGCUCGUGUCUCCCCUGCACGCGUCUCUCCUGCACGCGUCUCUCCUGCACGCGUCUCUCCUGCUAGGCCUCCCCUGGCGUCAUCCCUCUCAGCACCUCCGCGCUCCCUUGCCUUGUACGGAGGACGGAGUGUAGCACCCGGUGCAGCUGACUCUAGAAGCUCCUUUCAAAAACCUGCUUCGUUACAAGCAGCAGCCUCAGGCUCGUUGCACGCACGACCAAUAUCGAGCCGUAGCUUACCAUCUGGGGCUAUAAUCGACGUGGAAGGGGGUGCAGCUGCGGAGGAGGGUGGGGCAGAGAAGAUAUUUGUGGCUGUGCGAGUGAGGCCGUUGAGUGGGAGGGAGGUGGCGGCAGGGGAGGAUAGCGUGUGGCAGGUGCCUGAUGCCUGCUCUAUCCGCUCUGUGCUCCCUUCCACUGCGCCUGCUUCGUUGCAAGGAGACCGCUCAACGCCUGCUCAGACUUACCACUUCGACAGGGUGUUUGACGAGCAGGCGUCGUCCCUUUUAGUGUACCAGCACGCAGCCAGACACGUGGUGCUCUCCGUGCUGCAAGGGGUCAAUGGCACCAUCUUUGCCUAUGGCAUGACAGGGAGUGGCAAGACGUACACCAUGGCAGCAGUAACGGAGAUGGCUAUACAGGAGAUAUUCGACCACAUAGCCAAGCACGGCAGCGAGCGGGAGUAUUCCCUGCAGCUGGCAGCCAUGGAGAUCUACAACGAGCAAGUGCGGGAUCUGCUGGCUGCACCAGGGGAGAACACCCCGCUCAGAGUGCUGGAUGGCGCAGAGGUUUGUGUAUGGGUGGUGUUUGUCUAUCCGUUGCAUAUGCGUUCUCAUGUGUCUGCAUAG